CGAAGUCCAGUGUCCCUGCUUCUGUGCCCCAUAUCCCCGCCAGAAUGAGAGACAACAAUAGCAGCCCAAGGGUUGCCGUCAUAGGCUUAGGCGCACUUGGCCUGGUAACACUCAAGGAUUUGGCCGAAGAGGGGUUCGAAGUGGUAGGUUUCGAGCGCAACAGCUAUGUCGGAGGACUGUGGCACUUCACAGAAGAGGACAAGACCUCAGUCCUCCCAGAGCAUUUCCGGUUGCUGAUGGUCACUGCCACACAUGGCUGCUUUACAGACUUCCCGUUCCCCGACGAAACUCCGAGUGGCUGCCCUGCUGGCGAGGUGGACAAAUACCUCGAGAGCUACGCCGACCACUUCGGCCUGCGACCCAAGAUCCGCCUCAACACUGAUGUCACCCGCGUGACACGCGACGAUGCUCGCGAGAAGUGGGUUGUGGAUAUCGACGGCUCGGCCAGCGAACUGUUCGACAAGGUUGUCAUUGCGACGGGAGUCAAUCAGAAGCCGCACAUUCCGGUCUUCAAGGGGUUCGAGUUGUUUACCGGGGACAAGGUCCACUCUCGGGCUUAUAAGAGGCCUAAAGUCUUCAAGGGAAAGAACGUGCUGGUGAUUGGGUUGGGAAACUCAGGUGCCGAUACUGCAGUGUCGCUCGUGGGCCACGCAAAGAAUAUAUAUCUUUCCCACAGAGAGGGCGCUUACAUCCUCCCUCGGACGGUCAAAGGCCGAUCCAUCGACCACAGCCUCACCGCGCGCGUAUGCAAGACAGCGUCUUCACCAUCCGGAUUAGAAUGGGGCCUAUCCCCCGCGCCCUCGCUCAAGUACACCAUCCCCGUCGUGUCCGACGAGCUCAUCCACGCGCUCUCGUCCGGCGCCGUCGACUCGACAACGGCCCUGCGCCCCCCCUCGCGCCGCCUCGACGACAUCGACGCCGUGGUCCUGUGCACGGGCUACCGGACCGACUUCGGCCUCGUGGAGCGCCGCUUCGACCCGACGCGCGCCACGACGCCGCGCUGGGCCGCCGCCCCCGGGUCGCGCGGCAAGCCGCUGCCGCGCCUGUACCGCAACGUCUUCUCGCUGGACCGCCCGGCGGAGCUGGCGUUCAUGGGGUGCGCCGCCUUCGCGUCGCCCCGCGUUCCAGCUGCGUGGAAGGCGGGGGGUGGGGCGGCGCUGCUGCUGCCUGCGCGGGAGGAGAUGGAGCGCGCGAUUGACCGGCAUCAUGAGUGGAUUUCUGGUGUUGCGGAGCGCGUGAAUGUGUUCCCCAGCAUCGUCGAGGGGCCCGAGUGGAUGGCCUGGGCGGACCGCACGGCCGGCACUCGCGUCGACGAGUACCUGGGCUGGGGCUGGAAGGGCUGGUGGUUCUGGCUGACCGACUACCGGUUCUGCAACCUGCUCAUGUCGGGCGUGUACAGCCCGCAUCUCUACCGGGUGUUCGACGGCCGGCGCAAGAAGUGGGACGGGGCGAGGGAGGAGAUCGAGAAGGUGAAUAGGAGGAUUGCGGAGAAGCCGAAGACUGCGUGAUGGGAUAUAUUGAGGGAACGACCGAAUUAUUAAAUUUAUUAUUGCCCCUGGUUCC